AUGGCGUCGUCGACUCUGCGCUCCGGGACAGAAGCAGAAACAGGGGGAAGCGUGCUACCUAUCGACGCGAUAUAUGAGAUCCUGAUCCGCCUUCCAGCCGAGGAGCUCUGUCGCCUCCGUGUCGUCUGCCGGCCGUGGCGAUCCCUUCUCUCCGAUCCUCAGUUCAUCGCCGCUCAUGCCACCCGUCACCGACGGCCGCUCUUCGUCGCAGGCCACGACAAAUCAUAUCUUGCUGAUGGCAUCCUUUGCCGCAUCAUAGACCUCUCUGGCCGGGUCAUUAAGUAUAUCCGCUGGACUUCGAGAGAAGACGAGCGGCUGAUGCUGAUAUCCACUCAUCACAACCUCGCCUGCUUUGCAAAAGGGAACAGCAUGCGCUGCCAGUUGCUCAACCUAGUCACUGGAGAGAGAUUUGCCCUGCCUGAAGAGUUGUCCCAGGAACACGCCACGGAAACUCGACUUCUUGAAAUAUUAUUUUAUAGGGUUUCCAUUGCAUUUGGGCAGGUUGCCUCGACGGGGGAGUUCAAGUUGAUUCGUGUGAUUGAUGAUAACUCCAUUUACCAUUACAGAUUCCCCUCUGGACAUCAGCUAUGCGAGGUCUUGACACUCGGUGGCAGCAGGGAUGCUCGGUGGAGAGGAAAGAAGGCCGCUCAGGAUCGUGUUGAUAUGAGACCGCUGAGCAGAGCCGUCGUCGAUGGAGUUGUGUAUUUUCUCUUGGACGAGUAUGUGAGCAACCAAGAUGUUCAUCAACCACAAGGCAUUGCAUCCUUUGACCUGCUGACAGAAGAGUGGAGAUCAAUUCGUCGAGGACCUAUAAGCAUCCCUGCUUACUAUUCUAAUCUUUCCCUGGCUGCCCUUAAUGGAUCCUUAGUUCUGGUCGACUGUACGUCACAUGUUUCAAUGGACCUAUGGUUUCUGAUGGACUUUGAAAAGGGCUUGUGGGUCAAACAACAUACUGUCCAAGUCAAUUUGAGUGUCCGUGAUGAAUUCCGUGCACAUCCUUUGGUGAUACUGAAGAAUGGGAGUGUAGUUAUUUAUAUUGGAUCUAGACGAUUAUUGAGGAUUUAUAAUCCAAGGAACAACACUUAUACACAUGUGGCAGAGAUGGUGUCUAGUGAUAGAAUUGGUUUGUACACAGGAAACCUUUUGAGCAUAGCAAAUGAUGCCAUUUAA